CACAUCAACAAAAGUAAAAAAUGUUAAACAAGUCAAAACAUGGGAGUCGAAGUGAUGAUAUGUUGAAGGGUGUUUUGGGGUUUUUUAUCGCGAUUCUUUCGUCCUUAAAUUGUUUGUAAUGUCUAUCAGACCUCUGUGGCCCGAUCUACGGCCGCGAGCGACUGAUCCACUGUGGUUCAACGCUGAUAAACCGUGCGACGACGAGAGCGAUGUCGCCGCUCUCGAAGCGGAGCACCAGGCCUGGAGAGAUCACGUGCGCGUGCAGGGUUAUGAGCAUAUUCCAAUCGGGAAGACAGUGAGCGAUUUCAGAGGAUCGGAGGGGGAGGAAGAGGAAGAGGAAGAGGAGGAGGGUGAGGGCGAAGAGGAAGAUGAAUCGGACACUCACGAGGAAGAGGAGGAGGAGCUCGACGAGAUCGACAUGGAAGUCAGUUAUUCCCAUCAUCCGCAGAGAUCUAGUCCGACGGACACGGUGACCGCUCCUGUAUCCAUUCGAAUGGUCAAUGCAUCGAAUUUAACUCGUUAUUCUUAAUCUUUUUAUAUCAAUUUGAAUGUACAUAUCUAUGAU